AUGAAGACUUCCACCAUCAUCCUCGCUGCUGCGGCCGCUGUUGCCAACGCUCACUACGACGACACUCACGUUGGAUUCACCACUGUCUACAAGAACGGCACUGUCACUGAGCCUACUCAGUACACUACCAGCACUGUCUACAGCACCAAGACAUACACCGUCACUCAGUGCCCUCCCACCGUUGUCAACUGCCCUGUCGGCCAUGUCACAACCGAGACCAUUGCUGUUUCCACAACCAUCUGCCCUGUUACUGAGGUCCACAACCCUACCGAGCCUGCUCACCACAACCCUACCGAGCCUAGCAAGCCUCAUGAGCCUACUCACCCCGGCCAGGACGUUAUCACCAAGACUCAGACCUACGCCUACCCUCACCCCACCAACCACGGUGAGAGUGUGACCAAGACUAUCACUUACACCGUUCCUGUCGAUCACGCCAACAACGGUACCGCUGUCUACCCUCCCCACACCUACCACCCCGUUCCUUCUGGCGGUGCUCACCCUACCGGUGUCGCUCCUCCUCCUCCUCACUCCGGUUCCGAGGGUGGAAAGACUCCUCAGGGCGAGCAACCUAGCAACGAUGACGGUACCGACAGCGGCAGCAACGGUGGCAGCUCCUCCGGUUCUGGCUCCGGUUCUGGCUCCGGCUCCGACUCUAGCGAGGACCACGAGCCUUCCACCUCUGAUGUUCCUGAGCCUGUGACUGCCGGUGCUGGCAUGAACACCGUCACUGGCCUCUUGGCCAUUGUCGGUUUCGCUGCUGCCUACCUCAUCUAA